AUGACGGCCUCCGAGCGCCCUCGUGGCCAGGAACAUAUCCCGGACUACCCAAAGGCCUGGAUAUGGAUGCGUGUGCUGCAAAUCGUCAUCGGCCUCGUCGUUCUCUUCCUCUCCAUCCACGCCUUGGAAGAGUUCCACGUCCCGACCGGUAUUCAGGUCGUCAUGAUCGUCAUAGCCGCUUCCACCGUCGGUGUCUCCAUCCUACUCAUCAUCGCCCAAUUUGCUUCUCCCAGAAUUUUCAGAUACUGGGCGCCUCUCUUAUUCGACGUUUCGGUCUUUGUAGCCUGGGCCGUCUCUGCUCCGCUCUUGGUUGAACAGACCUCGGAUAUCGUGGCCAAGCGAGGCACCGUCCCUGGGGGUGGCAGUCAUGAAUUGGAGCACCAACAUGGUGGCUCGCAUCCCAUCCCAACGAACCAUGUCGAUACCCUCUACGCUAUCGCCGCUAUGGGAUGUCUAGAAAUUGCCCUCUUCUUUUUAUCCUGGGUCGUCGAUUCCAUCGUCAUCAACCGCCACCGCGAAGCAGGCUUCCCUUGCAAGCCGCUCAAAAAGAGGGCUUCGUUUGCCGACGAGCGCGAGCGCCAAGCCAGAUCGAUGCAGGUCUCCCCUCCCACGAAGCCUCGAGCCAAGAAGCCACGUACGAAAAUAUUCGGCUUCGUAUCAAACGGCGGUGGCGGAGGAGGUGGGGGAGGAUGUGAUGGUGGAGAUGGAGGGUGUGACGGCGGUGACUGA